AUGGAUACCAGUCCCGCUCCCCCCGCGAUUCCCGCCGCCCUGGCGAGUCGCGACGAGGUGCUCGCCAGCGUGACUCCCGCUGUGGGGAGGCGCGCCGCUGACGUGUGGGAUGGCGGGAAACUGUCCGACGUGUCGUUUAGCGGGGAAGGGUGGAACCUGGGUGAAGCGAAAUGCUUAGGAUCGAAUCCGGGCGAAGCCUACACCGUCGGCUUCGAUAUACUCACAGGCACAGCAGCAGGAGCAGCAGAAGGAGCAGCAGCAGGAGCAGGGGCAGUAGCAGCGAGCAGCAGAGCAAGGGCAGGGGGGAGAGGACGUGGACGAGCAACAGGGGGAGGAGAAGGGGUGCCACAUGUGAAGGUGGAAGGGAAAUGCACGUGCCCAGCACACGCCAGGUCAGCCAACGGAGUGUGCAAGCACGUGGUGGCGCUGCUUCUCGAGCGCGCGUCUCAGCUGUCCUCCAUGCCACCCGUUUCUAGUGCAAGGGUGCCAGCCAGCACAGGCGCCAUGUCACUUCACGCUGCUGACACGUCAGCUCCUGCUGCUGACAUGUCAGCCCCUGGACGUGACGCGCCAGCAUGUGCUCCUGUUAGCCCUCCCAGUCAUGUGGUUACUGCAGGCUCAGGUUCAACCAGGGGUAUGUUUUCCGAGCCUCAAGCAGGCUCGGUUGCUACUGGGCAGCGUUUAUCCGAACCUGCUAACGGGCUUCCCAAGCCUGUAGGCUUAGAAUCGGGAAGAGUGGAGGCUGGGAAAGCAGGAGGUGGAGAGGGUGAUAGGGGGAUAGGAAAGGGAGAAGGGAAGACAGGGGAAGGGGAUGAUAGGAGUAGAGGUAAGGAGGGUUUGUGGAAAGGAAUGGGUUUAGUGCGGUGUGGAGGGAGGGAAGCAGGUGCAACAAGGAAGAGAGGGAGAGUAUUACCUGCUUGGAUGCUGGUGGUAAAGGAUGGGGGGAAGGGGGAUGAGGGGGAGGAGAAGGGGGCGAAAGGGGACGAGGAGAAGGGGAAGGCACCUUCUCUCCCUCUCACCGUCCCCCUGUCCCUUUCUCCUUGCCUCUCUUCCUCCUCCCUUCCACCCAUUCAGCACGCCAAGCCCGAGUCGCCCUUAGAAAGAGACGAGCCACAAGCACCAGCAGCAAUGCAGCCGUCUGCAGCACCGGCAAUGGUAGCAGCAGCAGCAGCAGCAGCAGCAGCAGCAGCAGCAGCAGCACCACGAGCAGCAGCACCACAAGCAGUAGACACAGCAGAGCCAGCGCCAGCAUCAUCAGAGCAGUCGUCACCACCGUUUUGGCAGCACUUCUUCGAUCCCCUUCCCAAGACACAAGUCCCGCUAAAUGUCACACACCCCAACCAGGAUGAACAGCAGGCCACUAGCCAGCAGCCAAGCCAGCAGCCAAGCCAGCAGCAGCCAAUUCAGCAGCCAAGUUUAGUUCGUGCUACUCGAGUCAACGCCUUUGAGUCAACGCGCUGGUCUUCGGGUCAAUGCGCUGGUCUUCGAGUCAACGCGCUGGUCUUCGGGUUCCUGCUGCCUCGAGAGUCAACUCUUCUGCUGCUACUUGAGUCAACGACCUGCUGCUGCCCUUCAGUCAACGCCCUGCUGCCUCGAGUCAACUCCCGGCCGCCUGGAGUCAACGUUCUGUUACUUCGAGUCAACGCUCGUCCUGCUGCUGUCACCAGGGAGAUGACUAUGCUUCCCUCCCCUGCUCGCGUGUGGCUAGCAGCUGAUCUUCUGCAAUCCUUUCCCCUGCACAUGGUUCUAAUACCCCUCUUUCUUCCCCACCCUCCACACACACCCCGUCCUCCUUCCCUCUCGCACCCUGAUCCCUCUCAGUGGGCUGUGCAAAACUUCUCUCCUUGGUACGCUGAGUGGGCUGUGAGGCGCAUCAAGGAGAGCUGCUGGGGAGGUGGAGCGGACGCAGCAGCAGAGGCAGCGGCGGGUCGUCUUGCUCCCCCCGGCACACAACAGCACAUUGGCCAAGAGAUGAGUGUUCCCUCUGAAGCUAUGCUUCCAUCCCGUGCUCGCGUGUGGCUAUCAGCUGCUCAUCUGCGCAUUACUCACCAAGAGAUGAGUGUCCCUUCGCCAGCCACUCUCCCUCCUCCGUUUUCCUCGUUUUCCCGCUUGUCACUUUGCCCGCUUCACUCAUUCCACUGCCUCCCCGCCCAGCCACCUGUAGUACACCCACGCCCCCCUUUUUCUUUCAAGGGCCCUGAUUGGCGGACGCACCUCAACGGACGUGGGUGGCAGAGGCAGCAGCAGAGGCAGCAGCAGAGGCAGCCGGGUGAGGGGCGUCUUGAGCUCCCUUUUGAGUCGACUCAAAAGUCAGAGGCAGCCAGUGCGCUGCUUGGCGCUGAGGCAUCAUCUUCUCAAGGCUGCCGCGUCUCAAGGGACGUGGGGGCCUCUCCAGACUGCACCACACAACCAGCACACACGCGGCCAGCGUUAUCAAUGUUGGUGGUGGUUGAGUGUGGUGAUGGUGGUGGUGGUGGUGGUGGUGGUGGUGGUGGUGGUGGUGGUGUGGUGGUGGUGGUGGUGGUGGUGGUGGUGGUGGUGGUGGUGGUGGUGGUGGUGGUGGUGGUGGUGGUGGUGGUGGUGGUGGUGGUGGUGGUGGUGGUGGUGGUGGUGGUGGUGGUGGUGGUGGUGGUGGUGGUGGUGGUGGUGGUGGUGGUGGUGGUGGUGGUGGUGGUGGUGGUGGUGGUGGUGGUGGUGGUGGUGGUGGUGGUGGUGGUGGUGGUGGUGGUGGUGGUGGUGGUGGUGGUGGUGGUGGUGGUGGUGGUGGUGGUGGUGGUGGUGGUGGUGGUGGUGGUGGUGGUGGUGGUGGUGGUGGUGGUGGUGGUGGUGGUGGUGGUGGUGGUGGUGGUGGUGGUGGUGGUGGUGGUGGUGGUGGUGGUGGUGGUGGUGGUGGUGGUGGUGGUGGUGGUGGUGGUGGUGGUGGUGGUGGUGGUGGUGGUGGUGGUGGUGGUGGUGGUGGUGGUGGUGGUGGUGUGGUGGUGGGGUGGUGGUGGUGGUGGUGGUGGUGGUGGUGGUGGUGGUGGUGGGUGGUGGUGGUGGUGGUGGUGGUGGUGGUGGUGGUGUGGUGGUGGUGGUGGUGGUGGUGGUGGUGGUGGUGGUGGUGGUGGUGGUGGUGGUGGUGGUGGUGGUGGUGGUGGUGGUGGUGGGGUGGUGGUGGUGGUGGUGGUGGUUGGUGGUGGUGGUGGGUGGUGGUGGUGGUGUGGUGGUGGUGGUGGUGGUGGUGGUGGUGGUGGUGGUGGUGGUGGUGGUGGUGGUGGUGGUGGUGGUGGUGGUGGUGGUGGUGGUGGUGGUGGUGGUGGUGGUGGUGGUGGUGGUGGUGGUGGUGUGGUGGUGGUGGUGGUG